CAUGGCAUUGAACAAGCACAAAAGACUACUCAACGCGGGGAGAGCGUUCUAGCAUUUAUCCUUACCCGCAGCUGAGCCAGGCUCGAUCGAGCACGAAGCCCAGGUUUUCGCUCUUCCAUGUCCGGUCCCACUGGAGGUGGAUCGGCUUAUUUGGAUAAGAACGCUCGCAAAGUCUGUCAUACGGCGCGUGACGCCUUCUACGCCUGUUCGCGGGAGCACGGAGUGGACUUUGCACCGGGCGCUCCCAUACCCGCCAAGUGCCUCCAGCUGCGCAAGACGUUUGAGCAGGCGUGCCCGGCUAGCUGGGUGAAGCACUUUGACGACCUGCAGGAGGCCAGCGCGCGCCGCUCCAAGUACCUCGCAGCCACCAUCAACAGGGCGGCGGACAGCGCGGCAGGGUCCCUGGCGGGCAAGUCGCAGAAGUCUGGCUGAGCUGACUGAGGGCACGCGCGGAGC